GCGCUACAUCAGCUGAGUAGUGGAAAGGAAAACGCAGAAAACCACUGACGAUGGAGUCCAUUUUGGUUCAUAGUAGUUACUGAAACGUUGUACAUUAGAUGCUGAGAUGUGUCCUAGAAGUGCCGUGAAAUAUUAAAUUUGACCUUGACUGGUUAGCAUACCGUGCUGUUGCGUGUUGGAUACCGCCUUUCACUGGGGUAUAAUGCGACUGCACCCUCUUCGUUUGGUUCGCUCAUCUUUGCUAUGUUUUCUAAUUCUAUUUUGCUUGGUUGGUCUUUACCACAAGUUUGCUGGAAAUCACCUUUCUAAAUCAGAAAAUCAGAAUGCUAAUGAAUUGUUAUCAUUAAACAAACAGUACAAAUUAGCCGAGCGAAUUGACUGGGAGAACUACACUUUUUCUGCAAUAGAGAGAUCGAGACGAGGUCCUGGGGAAAAUGGGAUGGCUGUUCGGCUGUCUUCUGAAGAAAAGGAGAUGUCAGUUAGGACCCAAAAUAAGAAUGGUUUCAGUAUAUAUGUCAGCCAAAAAAUUAAGGUAGACAGAUCCAUUAAAGACAUUCGGCAUCCUAAAUGUAUAGGAACUUUGUACUCAAGUGUCCUUCCUCAAGCGUCGGUAAUAAUUCCUGUUUUUAAUGAACAUUGGGAAACUCUCCUACGAACUAUUUCAUCGGUCAGAAAUCGAGCACCUUCAUCAUUAUUAAAAGAAAUUAUUCUGGUUGAUGAUGGGAGUUCGCGGGAAUAUUUAAAGGACAAACUUGACAACUUUCUUGCAUCUGCCUAUCCUGAUGGUAAAGUUCGUGCAAUUCAUUUGAAGAAACGGGAAGGUCUUAUUCGAGCCAAGUUGGCUGGUGCCAAGGAAGCUACUGGGGACGUAUUGAUAUUCCUAGAUUCUCAUUGUGAGGCUAGUACCAACUGGCUUCCACCCCUACUGGAUCCAAUUGCCGAGAACUAUAGAACCGUUGUAUGCCCGUUUAUUGAUGUUAUAGAUGCUGAUAACUUUGAAUAUCGCGCACAAGACGAAGGUGCCCGUGGGGCAUUUGAUUGGGAGUUAUAUUAUAAGAGACUUCCGCGCCUACCAGAGGAUAGAAAUCAUCCCGAAAAACCUUUUGACAGCCCAGUAAUGGCAGGAGGUUUGUUUGCAAUUAGUGCCAAAUGGUUUUGGGAGCUAGGAGGUUAUGAUCCUGGUCUGGUUAUUUGGGGUGGGGAACAAUAUGAGCUGUCGUUCAAGAUUUGGAUGUGCGGAGGACGUAUGAUUGAUGCCCCAUGUUCAAGAAUAGGUCACAUUUAUCGUAAGUACCAAACUGACUUCCCCAAAGCAGAUUUGGGAAAUUUUGUUACUCGAAAUCAUAAGCGUGUUGCAGAAGUUUGGAUGGAUGAAUACAAAGAGUAUGUGUAUAGAAGGCAACCGUAUUAUCGUAAUGUAGAUACUGGUGAUUUAUCUGCACAACAUGAACUCCGAAAGCGACUUCAAUGCAAGUCUUUCAAGUGGUUUAUUACAGAAAUCGCAUUUGAUUUGAUAAAAAAAUAUCCUCUUAUUGAGCCAGUACCAUUGGCUGUUGGAGAAAUACGGUCUGUUGCUGAUCCGUCUUUAUGUUUGGAUGCAUUGGGAGCAACUGAAAAUGUUCCAGUUAGAUUACGCCCUUGCAUCAAAGAUAGGCGUGGUUCAAACGGUGUUCAAAACUUUGCGUACAAUUACCAUGAAGAUAUUCGUAUCAUGAACAAGUUAGUUCAAAUCCUUAGUUUUGAUGUUUUGAUUUAAUUUCUAUAAGGGUGUAGUAUGACAGAGUAAUUUGUCAUAUCAUCAUUUUCAUAAGAGUUGUAGUCCUUUUCAUUUCCUUUAUUUCACGGAUAUUACACUUUGACGGACAGAUUGAGCUAUCGUAUGUGAAAACUUAGAGAUUUACUAGCAUGAGGGAAUAAAUGGACUGAUCGACUUUUACUGUGUAAAGAUCAGUGUCACACUUUCUUGAAGUGUUGCAAUUUCUGUGCACGUUCUAUGUUGAAGUAUCAGUCAUCUGACACACCAUCACUUAUUCACAUAUCUCUAGAUGGUCCAUCACUGGGAAUGACAGUAGGUCCAAAGCAUAAUGCAGCAGUUGUAUCUGAAACAUUUGUAAAAUACAGUAAGUAAAUGCCAGCAUCGGAAACUGAUUGUAUAUUAUUCGUUUAGCUGUUUGACUGAAUAAUUGUAGAACAUUGUUGAAAUAACACAAAAUUCUAGUUAUUUCUGACAUCGAUAAAUAGCAGUGAUUAACCAAACAUAAAGAUGUUACAUUUUUCAGUAGUUUGAUGAAAAUCGGUUUAAUUGACGUAUUUGAAAGUGGAAUGAAGCCCAUUGAUUCCACAUAUCAUCCUUUCUCAAAUGAGUUGUAGCACCCAGAUUCCAGUGAUUUUCAAACUACAUAACUAAAUAUUCCAAUCAAUAAAAGUGGUAAAGGUAGUACUCAGUGAUCGUGCGUUGCGGUUAUCUUCAUUGUAUCUGUGGUUUAGAUAUUCUCUGGUUCGAGUAACUUUCCACCUACUAUUCGAGCUAAUUUGUUCUGGUCAUUUGAAGUUUACGAAACUCAACAUAUUUCCCCUACUGUUCACAGUUGAAUAUUUGGAAAAUUUGAAACACGGAACUGAAAUAUGGUAGAGUUAGGAUAAUUCGAACCAUUAUGUUUGAAUCUAAUGACCCUAAGAAGCAAUACAAGUAAUCAGUCAUCCAAGGGUGUGGAUUUAAGGUACGCCUUGCUGAUGAGUGCAAGUAAGCAGGAAGCCGAAAUCCAAAGCUUCCUGCCAAUUGCCUCUAAUCAUCUAAUGAUAGGUUAACUGAAGUGAUUUUUACGAACCAAAGUUAACUUGCGCAUCGAUUCAAUGGUUAUGACUUCUAACUGAUUUUUAUGAUGUUAUCUUCGAAUUUCGUGCCUAUAGUUUCCGUCAACUUUAUUGAUUGAUUUAUUUGUUUUAAAUACUUCAAUCACUUAAGAUAUGUCUUGUAAUAUUGAUUCUAGUAUGUAUAUCACAGCUGCACAAUAAAUACCAUUUCCAAACGAAAAUGUGUUCAUAUUCUGUAAGAAACCUCUUGUUAAUGGCUUAAUGCACAAGUGAUCCCGACUCUGGUAUACUCAUGUUGCUCAUUGCUUCUGUGAUCUGCUUAUGAGGUGUCUUGUACUAUUACUUAGUUGCUUUUUGUUUCACCCCAUUUUCCUCUUGCAUAUAUGUCGGUGCGUAUGAAUAUUAGCGUGCUAUUGUUUGGCUUACGUUGUAUACAUGCACAUGUAUGUGCAUAAUCGCUAUCAGUAUUCCGUGUACUGACAUCUUUUCAAAUAAUUUCACUAUGCUACUGAUAACUAAUCCUUACAAACCAAAUUUAUUCCUACCUUUGAUAAUUUUCUUCUCAGUGUGUGUGUGUGUGCUAUUGCUAAGUGUAACAGAUUGAAAUAUCGCUCUAACUCUACUUAGCUGGACAAUAUUCUACAAGUUUGUCCUAGUCAAAGUCUUUUACACUGUUGGUGAAUAUUUGCUAUAAUUUCCAAAUAUCUUUUACAAAUAGUCUUGCAUUUCUUAACAUUGUGAUUAUGUAAAGACAAUUUUUUGUAUCAGCAUUCAAAUUACAAACUGCACUGCGCAUGUAGCGGUUUUAUGCACACUUUGAAGCUUGAAAGAAGCCUGUAUUUUUGUAGAAUAUGUGUAUCAUGAACUCAACUUUAAAGGUAAAUCGACGAGAGGCAUUUUCACUAAUGAGCUGUGUGACUUGUCUGUUAAUCUACCCAGAUGAAAACUAAUCCUGUGCGAUAGGGGUUGACAGAUGAAAGUAUUAUGUAGUCGUUUAGUUACGAAUACACAAUAUGGUCCAUGAAAUAACUGAUGCGAAUUGGCUGUGGUCUACUUUAUUUUGGUGUUGCCUUCUGCUGUCUAGAUCAGUUACAUAGUUUCCUAUUUAUGUUGUAUAAUUACUGUCUACAAGUGUGUCUUUAUUAUAUUCUCUUCUCGAUGGUCUACACUCUUUUCAUUCGGUUGGAAAUAUGCAUUAAGAUGUCUUUUGAUAAUCGUUUUCAGUCGAAAUCUAUUAUUUAGCAGACAAAAUAAAUACCCAAAGAACUUCAUCAGUAAAAUCAACACCGAUAUUGAAUAUGGUCGAAAACGUAUUCCGAAAACUUGGGCCUCAACAGUUAUCAUUCCAUAUGGACCAGAGACGUAGGGCGAUAUCAGCAGUUUUCUUCAAAACAUCAGACACGCUGCAAAGCAAUCUUGUCCAUAUAAAAGACAAAAUCCCUAAAAAUUCUCUAUCUAACCGUGUCUAUAAAAUAAAAUGCUGGGUAUGUGAUGCCACAUAUAUCGGACAAACAUCGCGGAAAAUCAAAAUCAGAAGAAAUGAACACCGUUGAGCAUCUAUCUGACCAACCAGAAACCCAGGUGAACUAGAAAAGCUUGAAAAAAUCAUCAGCUGUAGGUCUACACUCUAUAGAAUCAGGUCACAAAAUUGAUUUUGACAAUAAUGAGAUACGUUUUUAAUGAAGAUGUGAUAAGAUUAAGGGAUGAUAAAAGAGGGGUUAAAAAUAAAAGUAAGGGGUGGUGUAGAAAUCAUCAGUUGGUUGUCUUAAUAGGUCAAGACAGGGAUAAUGACUGUACGAACUUCUUUUGAAUGCAUAGUUUAGGUUUAAUAGUUCGAGCUAUUAGACCUAAAUAAUGAGAUAAUCC